CAUCGAACCCACGCUGUCCUAAAAAUCACCCGCCACAUGUCUUCAUAAUCCGGCCAACACCACACUUCCUUUCCAAUCACAACACUAUUUAAACAGCAAUUUUUUGAGCUGCUGAAUUGGGAAAAAGCAUAUUGUGAGAGCAAAAUUAAGGAUCAGGAUGAGCCAAGAACAACCGGAGAGGCCACAGGCGGCGGAGCAGCCACAGCAGCCCAUCAAGUACGGCGACGUCUUCGACGUUUCCGGCGACCUCGCCGACCAGCCCGUGGCGCCGCAAGAUGCGGCCUUGAUGCAGGCCGCCGAGACCGCCGUGUUGGGGCAGACGCAGAAAGCUGGCCCCGCCGCCGCCAUGCAAGCGGCCGCCACCAUCAAUGAGAGGGCCGGCCUCGUCGGCCACGACGACGCCACCGAAGCCGCCCGCGAGGGAGGCGUCACGGUGGCGGAGACGGAAUUUCAGGGCACUCGUUUAGUCACGGAAUCUGUUGCUGGACAGGUUGUGGGGCAGUAUUAUGAGGCUACGUCGGUGUUGUCGGCGACCGGCGCGGCGCCGCAGGCCAUGGUGACGAUAGGAGAAGCGCUGGAAGCCGCCGGCCGGGCUGCCGGAAACAAACCUGUGGACCACGGCGAUGCCGCCGCCAUUCAGGCUGCGGAAUGCCGAGCCACCGGUUCCAGUCUCGUCGCUCCCGGCGGCCUUGCGGCCGCGGCCCAAUCUGCCGCGGCCUACAACGAUGGUUUCGCCGGGAACGAGGGAAGAGUGAAGCUUGCUGACAUACUAUCGGACGCGGCGGCGAAACUGCCGGCGGACAAGGUGGCGACGCGGGAGGAUGCGGAGGGGAUUAUGAGUGCGGAGCUGCGCAACGAUCCUCAUCGGAAGACGCACGCCGGCGGAGUGGCGGAGGCCGUGGCGGCGGCCGCUACGGUCAAUGAGGAGGGCGAUGCCAAUAUGUGAAUAUUUUGUGUGUAAAGCCAAAUAUGAAUCUAGUAUGUAUAAAUAUGUGACUUUAUUAAUAAUUUUAGAGUUUCUUCA